AUGCAGCAAUUACGACCACGACCGCCCCCGCUGCCCCACGCGCAGCCGCAAAGCCACUCACAGCCGAGAUACGCGUCGCAGUCCCAGCGAAUAGACAUUCCUAGUAGGCCAGUUAUGGAAAAACGCGCGAAAUUGCACGACUCGGAGUCGUGCGAUGCCAUUAAAUCAUUUCGCAAAGCGCGCUGGCAACAGUUCCAGCAAAAUGCAGUGGACAAGUUUUAUUCAGUGACGUGGGGGCUAGCGGUUCUCGUUUUCACUUCCGUGCCUGGAACGACGUGCCUCAUCGGCGCGCUGCUGCUGCCGUCAAACGCUGUUCUCGCGCUCCUCGCCGUGUGGCUCGUUAUAGAGUCGGUGUUUUUCGUGUUUCGUUCUAAGCAACUAAAGCAAAUCAGUGACGAGUAUGUGGAGCUCCCGCUCCCAUCGCGCGAGGAGACCUCGACGCUCCUCGACCGGGUUCUCGCCGUCGCGAAGCAAGCGGACUAUAACGAUUUCGUGGGGGGCUGGUUCAUGGGUGCGUCUCUCGCGUCUCUAACGCGUACAAACGUUCGGCAAUUCAUCUCGCACGGCUUCUUUCACCGCUUCUACAACGAACUUUCGAGCGAAUACCAAGAAGCAGUUGAAGAAUUUGUUGACAGAGCCGAGGUGCACCUAGAAAUGCACUUUAAAGACCCCAACGCGCCGCCUCCGCCUCCCCCGGACCUGCUGUCCUUCGGUUCCGACAGCGAAGGGGAGAGCGAGGCUGGGGAGGAGGAGAGGGGGGAAGGCGAAAGAGCGGAAGGGGACGAGAGGGGGGAGAGCGAGAGUGAGAGCGAAGCGGCGGCAAGACCAAGGCUUACCACCGUCGACGCCGCUGUCGGCGCUGUCGGCGGCUCCGCGAUCUGCGGCCCGGGCCAUAUUGUCGGGUUUCUCACUGCAGCCGCCAUGCGCCUCCUCGGCUUCUCCAAGCACACCGCGCCCAACGGCAUUCAUUACUGGUUCCGCGCUCCCAAAAAAUCGGCUCCAAAGCGAAAGACCCACAAGGCAGCAGCGGUGAUGCCGAUUUUCGACGACACGUCAGCAGCAGGCGCCACGUCAGCCGCAUCGACCGCACCGCUGCUUGGCGCGAGGGGCGGGCGCGUAACAAGGGAGGAGGAGGCGGAGGAGGGGGUGGUGCUGGUGCACGGGCUGGGGCUCGGGCUCACGCCCUACCUAUCGUUCGUGCACAUGCUCUCGAGAAGCUUCUCCAUCAAGAAGCUCAUCGUGGUGGAGCUGGCACACCUGGCAGUGCGCCUGUCCACGUCAUCACCUACGAUAGAUGACGUGGCAGACGGGCUAACCGACGCGAUGGCGGUUCACGGCAUGCAAUCGGCCAUCUUCGUGGGGCACUCGUACGGCGCCCUGGUGCUUGCUCGGCAAGUGCGCAAGCGCCCUGAGACAGUCAGCGCCAUGGGCUUUGUUGAUCCCGCAUGCUUCCUGCUCUGCCUCCCUAAAGUGCUCUUCAAUUUUAUAUAUAAGGUCCCCGGCUCCCCCUCAAUAGGCGAUACGAUGGCAGAGGCCGUGAGGUGGUUCCUGUGCGGGAGGGAGCUGCAGGUGGCACGUGCUCUCUGCCGCGGCUUUAACUGGCACGCAUACCAGGUGUGGGCGGACGAUAUUCCCGUGCAUCGCUCGGUGGUGAUGCUGGCAGGCCAGGACCAGAUCGUUCCCUCGGAGCACAUUAGAAACUACCUGGCCAACACACCAGUCGAUGUGAUGUACAAUGACGGCUACCACCACGCGCAAAUACUCUUCAGCGACGGCAAGCAGCGGGAGUUCAUCACUCGCCUCAAGGCAGCUUGCCGCUGA